AUGGCUGCAGUAAGAGCCUCCACCCUUCAUCCUCCACCCUUCAUCCUCCACUCUUCAUCCUCCACCCUUCAUCCUCCACCCUUCAUCCUCCACCCUCCAUCCUCCACCCUCCAUCCUCCACCCUUCAUCCUCCACCCUCCAUCCUCCACCCUUCAUCCUCCACCUUCAUCCUCCACCCUUCAUCCUCCACCCUCCAUCCUCCACCCUUCAUCCUCCACCUUCAUCCUCCACCCUCCAUCCUCCACCCUUCAUCCUCCACCCUCCAUCCUCCACCCUUCAUCCUCCACCCUUCAUCCUCCACCCUUCAUCCUCCACCCUUCACCCUCCACCUUCAUCCUCCACCCUUCAUCCUCCACCUUCAUCCUCCACCCUUCAUCCUCCACCCCUCAUCCUCCACCCUUCACCCUCCACCUUCAUCCUCCACCCUUCAUCCUCCACCCUUCAUCCUCCACCCUUCAUCCUCCACCCUCCAUCCUCCACCCUUCAUCCUCCACCUUCAUCCUCCACCCUCCAUCCUCCACCCUUCAUCCUCCACCCUCCAUCCUCCACCCUUCAUCCUCCACCCUCCAUCCUCCACCCUUCAUCCUCCACCCUCCAUCCUCCACCCUUCAUCCUCCACCCUUCAUCCUCCACCCUUCAUCCUCCACCUUCAUCCUCCACCCUUCAUCCUCCACCUUCAUCCUCCACCCUUCAUCCUCCACCCUUCAUCACAUGGUUACAUCACUUCUCAGCCCCAACACUCAUAUAGAGCUGCACCUGCUGACGCUCACACUCACUCACCUUACCACCAAUUACUACGAAACCUGCAGGAUGGGUCUGAACUGUACGGAGCUGGAUGAUGUUCUGGAGAGGUACUACCUGUCUCCGUUCUACGCCAUCCAGUUCUGCAUCGGUUUCCCUGGCAACCUCCUGGUUAUACUGGGAUACAUAUUUUGUUUGCCGGCGUGGCAGAGCUGUAAUGUUUACCUGUUCAGCCUGGCGGUGUCCGACCUGCUGUUCCUCUGCACGCUGCCACGCCUCUCCUACCUCUACGCCAACGACCAAUCAGAGAGCAGCCCUGUUGGUUGUGUUGUUAACCGCUACAUCCUGCAUGUCAACCUCUACUCGUCCAUCCUGUUUAUGGUUUUGCUGAGCAUGGAUCGCUUCCUGCUGAUCAGACACCCGACCCGGAGCCACUACCUGCUGCGGCCCCGGGCGGCCCUGCUGGUGACCGGCCUCAGCUGGCUGCUGGUCAACGUGCAGGUCGCUCCAAUGAUCUUCCUGAUGCUGCAGGACCUGCAGACAGGGAACUGGAGCCGCUGCAAAGACUUCGCCAGCCUGAAAGGAGACAUCAGUUCUCUGGGCUACAGCCUGGGGUUGACCCUGACGGGGUACGUCCUCCCUCUGGUUGGUCUUUGUGUCUUCUCCUACCAGAUCGGACACCUGCUGCGUGUCCAGGAGAGGGCCGUGCAGCGCAGGACCACGUCCUACAAGCGUCCUCUGAGGGUGGCUGCGUCGGCGGCCAUCAUGUUCCUGGUGAUCUACAGCCCGUACCACCUGCUGAGGAACGUCAGGAUAGCGUCGGUGCAGGCGUGGGCGGGGCUGCCGCUCUGCACCACCAUGUACAUAGAGGCCGCUUACAUCAUCACCAGACCUCUGGCCUUCCUGCACAGCGUCAUCAACCCUGUGUUCUACUUCUUCAUGGGAGACAAGUUCAGAGAGCUCCUCCUCACCAGGUUCAGGAAGCUGGUGAGAAAGAAAGAGAACCUGCCACAAAGAGAACCGGCCUGA